UCCCUUACAAGUCCUCACCUUCUUUAUAUAUGGAAAACAGACAGGAAAAAAUGAACCACAGUAAAACAAAACAGAAACAAAGAAAUAGAAAAUUAUAAAGAAAAAAGUAUGAGAAACAUAUAAACACUUGCAUGCAUGUAUACAUACACACACCAUAAAAACCACAUAAUCAAAACCAUAAUAUAUAAUCAAAAGACUGUACCAGGCUUUUUUCUUUUAGGCCACCAACCAGUUUUCAAAUCAUGACACAGAGAAUGGUUUUGAAUGCUCAGUCUAGCUCGGGCUCAUUUCUGGCUGGCUCUUUUAACUUAAACUAACCUGUUUCUAUUUAUAUCCUUUUGCCUCAAGGACCGUUGCCUUUCUUACUUCUGUAUAUCUUACUUUCACUGCUUCUCUAUGUCUGCUGGCUGGUAUUGCCUGGUUUCUUACUCUGGGUGUCUCCCGCAUGCUCUUCUCCUCCUUCUCUCUCUCAGUCCUCUGGUUCUUCUUGAGUCUGGAUUUCUCCACCUAUUCAUUCUCUCUGCCUGGCAGCCCCACCUAGCCUUUUCCUGCCUAUUGGCCAUUCAGCUUUUUAUUAGACUGUUGAGAUAGGAGCCGCAGGGCUGCAUACCUGGCACCCGGCCACCCACAUGGCUAGCUUAUGCCCGAAAUAAUUACACGGAAACUGUAUUCUUUCAAACACUGCCUGGCCCGGCUAGGUCCAGUUUCUUAUUGGCUAGCUCUUACAUAUUGUUCUAACCCAUUUCUAAUAUUCUGUGUAGCCCACGAGCUGGCUUACCAGGGAGGAUCUUAACCUGCGUCUGUCUGGAGUGGGAGAACCAUGGCGACUCCUCACUAAGCUUCUUUUUCCCAGCAUUCUCUUCUGUCUACUCCGCCUACCUAAUUUUCUGUCCUAUGAGGGCCGAGGCAGUUUCUUUAUUAUUACAAGACCCACCUCCAUCAUUAGACCAAUCAGGUGCCUUAGGCAGGCAAGGUGACACAAAUGCAGCAUGUCUGUGCACAAUUGAACAAAUGCAGCAUAAACAAAGUAGCACAUCUUUGCCUAGUUAAAUUAAUAUUCCACCACAAAAGGCCAGUAAGAUAAAGAAUAGAAAAACAACAACAAAAAAACCACCCAAAUCAUAUGAGGCAAAAAAAAAAUCUCCAAAACUGCCAUUGAAAUGAAUUUGUUUGUGUUGGUGAUCUGCUGAUAGACAUAGGGCCUCCCUUAAGUGUGGUUUGUAUACCGAGUGAAACGCCAUUGGAGAAAACGAAUUGGGUCCUUUGUGAGCAGCUGUCGUUGGUGAUAGCUUCUAGAUUAGGGGUGGGGGUUCAUGUCUGCUUUCCCUCUCAGCACAGACCCUAUCUCGCUUGUACCUGUGCAAACCUGUGCACGCUGCCACAGUCUGGGGGGUUCAUAUGUUCAUCAGUCCUGCUUUGUCUGAAAGAUACUGUUUGCUGGGUGUCUUCAUCCCUCCUGACUCUUACAGUCUUUCUAUUUCCUCUUCUGCUUAGCUCCCUGAGCCCUGAGGGGAAGGGUUUGAGAAAGCCGUCCUGUUUAGAGUAUCCAGGGUUUCUCACUUUCAGCACAUUUCCCAGUUAUGAGUCUCUGUAUUUGUCCCAUCUACUGCAGGAGGAAGUGUCUCUGAUGAUGGAUGAGUAACGGACUGAUCACAGAUGUAACAGAAUGUCAUUAGGAGUCAUUCUAUUGCUAUGUUCCUGUAGCAUGACAGUAGCAUUUGCUUUUCCUCCAUGUGUAUGAUUAUCUAGUCUCAGAUUCUUGGCAUGGGUUCCACAUCAAAAUGGGCCUUAAAUGCGAUCAGAUAGUGGACUUGGAUAGAGAGGGCCUUAAAUGCUAUCAUAUAGUGGACUUGGAGCCUCCCUCAACUUUUGUGCCAUUGUUCACCAGCAUAUCAUGCAGCCUGGUCACCAUUUGAUGGGGAAGCUUUGUUAACCAAUUAUCAUCAAGAGGUGGGACUAAGUUAGGGUAUGGCUUUCUGGGGCCCGGAGAGAAACGGGCUCAUGGCUCAGGUGCUCUCUCUCUCUCUGUGGUUCCCUUGCAGUACAGUUGAGCUUGUACUUCUCAUUCCUGUUUCGUGAGUUCUUCCCCUUAUAAUAAGUAAAAAUAUAAUUGUUUAUCUUUUAUCUAGCCUGGCUAUUUCCCAAAUCGAGCUAACUUCUACAACCAUUGUAGAUGAAGGAUUUGUAGCUGGGCUAAUGUUUAGCUGUCUCCUCUGGUAGCAUGUAGACUACCUUCCAGCACCAUGAACACUAGUCAGUAGGCGUGAAGGCUCUUAGUAGACACCAGUUCAACUUCUCCGUGUUCAGUGAGAUAUAUAGGUGUGUCUGCGGCAAUAUGGCUUCACCAUCAGUUUGCAGAGAGCAACCAAUAGCUUUAGCGGUCAAGCAAACAAGCAACAACCAAAUAAUCAAGCAACAACCUGAGUUGCUUGUUGCAUAACAACUCAAUUCGAUGUAACACAUUUAUGGAACUGGAGGUUUCAUUUGGUGGUGAAAGAUGUCCAUCAGGGGCUUUGUCUCCACUGUUAUUCGGUGACUUCAUUUAGAUUUCUUUCAUAUACAUAAAGAAGCUUCUACUGCAGGAGGUUUCCAUAUGACCUCUCCAAUGGCCCUGAGUGUUAACUGUCCCUCACCAUAUUCCUUCCCUUUCCACACUUCCUCCCUCCUUUCUGUUUAAUCCUCCUAUUCCAGUCCCCUUCCCAUCUCUCCAUGACUAUGCAUCCUAUUUCCCCUUCCUUGGAAGAUCCCCUACUCAAUGCUUACUUUAUACCCAAACUCUGUGAUUAUUCAAGUAAUAGCAUUCCUAGUAAAGGGUUAAAACCUAACAUCUACAUAUAAGAGAAACUGAUGCAGAAAAGUGCAUAGUGGUGAGUUUAUUUUGCCCUCAGAUCUAAGUCCCAUGCCUGCUAUAAGUCUUCUUCUGAACCCUGAAGGGGAUGCUGAGGCUGGUACUCGGAGGGCCUCAAUAUGAAGCCCCAUUUAUUUUUGUUCUUAGUGCCUCUGCUAUUGGUGUUCAGGAGUUCUUUUUCUGUGCCAGUGAGUUCAAGAUGAUUCCCAUCUUUUUCUUUUAGAUUCAAGGUAUAUGACCUUAUGCUGAGGUCCUUGAUCUAGUUGGAGUUGAGUUGUGUUCAGGGUAAUAAAUAUGGAUCUAUUUGCAUUGUUCUACAUGCAGCUAUCUAGUUGGCCAGCACCAUUUGUUGAGGAUGCUGUCUUUUUCCUAGAGGUCUAUUUCCAAAAUGCAUAUGCGGUCUUGUAACUUUUCUCUUUGGGGCUAUUCUUGACCUGCAUCAGCCUGUGAGACCUGAUACAUUGGGCCUCAGGACUGGCCAGCCUUGGUUUACCUGGCCCCACCGUGCUCUCCACACAGAGGCUUUCUUUUAGAUCUUCAGAGCUCAAUACUCAGCUAGAAGGAAGACAGAAAUCUGCAUAUGAGGGAAACGAGGCCACCAGCUGGCCCAGUGUCUACUGCCCUUAGAGCCUGAAGCACACACUCUGUCUUAGUCACUGCUCUGUGGCUGUGAAGAGACACCACAACCAAGGUGAUUCUUAUAAAAGAAAGCAUUUAAUUGGGGACUGGCUUACAGUUUCAAGGGCUUCGGCCAUAAUCAUUAUCAUGGUGGGAAGCAUGCAGCAAGCAUGGCAAUAAACAUGGAAAAGUAGGUGAGAGCUACAUCCUGAUUCUGAUUCUCAGGCAGAGAGUGCAGUCCUGGCAUGAGCUUUUGAAACCUCAAAGCCCACCCCAAGUAACACACCUCCUCCAAGAAGGCCACACCUCCUAAUCCUUCUAAUACUUGCAAACAGUGCCAAUUCCUGAUGACUAAUCAUUUAAAUAUGUGAGCCUCUGUAGCUUUGGAGCCUGUCCUGGAACUAGCUCUUGUAGACCAGAUUAGUCUGGAAGUCACAGAGAUCCACCUGUCUCUGCCUUCCAAGUGCCUGGGUUAAAGGUGUGCGCCACCACUGGUCUUUUCUUAAUCACUGCUCACUUCUCAGCUCUGGCUAACCAGCAUCACUUGUCCCAGUAAAGCAAAGGUUUCACUUCAGGGGCGCCAAUCUCUUGUUAAAGCCCUGCUGACUCUUCAGGCCCAGCUGCCCAGAAACUAGAUUCUUCACACAUUUGGCCAUAUAGAGUAUUUGCUUCCCUCUGCAACUUCACAUGAGGCCUCCAUCAUCAGCACUGCUCCUAAUGUUAUCUUCCAAGCUCCUACACAAUAACCCACUGAGAUCUCAACACUCAGUAGUUUUCUAGUCCAAAGUUCCAAAGUCCUUCCACAGUCUUUCCCAAAACACAUGGUCAGGCCUCUCACAGCAAUAUCCCACUCCUAGUACCAAGUUUGGUCUUAAUUAGGGUUGCCAUUGCUGUGAACACAAAUGCCACUCCAAGUGGCCUAUUUCCUCAAAAGCAAGGCCCAGCUUCUGUUUCCACUAUCCUUCCCCAAUGGUACCAUCAAAUCAUGAAUUCAUCAGUGGGCUGACCCUUCAAUCACUUCAGAGCUCUCACGAUCUAAUUGCCUCUCGUGAUGGAUCCAUCAGCUGGGGACCACACUGAGGCACAUGAGCCUUUUGGGAGAGUCUGAACCACCAGACUGUAAGAGCUGUGUUCUCAUCUGGCUCUCUGCACUUUGAGACCACUCUGCCAACCCCAGCCACUGUAAGGUGGUCCUGAAGGCGUAAAUCACAAACAAUCCCACACCAGUUUGGAAUUAUGAUUAAUAGGGUGGUAUUUAUUUAAAGGGGAAAAAACUUACAGAUCACCAUCCCAGACAACAGCCCUCUGCACAAUCAGGAAGGAGUCUAGUUGCCGGAAACAGAGCAGGAAGCAAAGAGAGAGAGAGAGGAGGGAAGAGGCCGCUUUUUUAAAGAGAGAGACCACGCCCCAAUGGGCUGGUACCUCAGCGGCUAUUGGCUGGAGGAGCGGAAGGACCUCCCGCAACAUGGUCCCAGUGAAGAAGCAGUGUCUUCUGUUCAAACUCUCAGUGCCCUCACCUGGCUUUCCUGCUGUUCCCUUCAAGACACUUGUCUAAGAAGCUGGGAGGCUCUUCUGGCCCAGAGGAGACAGGGGAGAAAGCCUAAAUCUCGGCUUAAGGAUUUGAGCAGCCUGCUGGGAAUCAAGCUCCUGAUAAACAGCCCAUUUGGCUUUCCAGACGCUUGGGCAUCUCCUGACAGCACUGACCAAAUCUCCAGACCUCUCAGCCCAUCUUGCUGCCUGGCUCCUCUUCACUUUCUUCCUCACUCUCCCUCUUCUUCUUCCUCCUUCUCUCUCUCUCUCUCCCUCCCUCCCUCCCUUCUUCCCUCCCCCUCUUAGUUAGCAAGAUAAGAUUUCCCAGCAGAUCUCCUGUGCUGGUAUACUUGCACUCAGCUUCUGUGAGAGAUGUCAGCAGCUACCCUGUCACUGAUUGUGACCUCAGAGGCUUCUGACCUUCCAAUGGGCCUCUGGGCCCUAUUAGCCCUAAGUCAUGGGGUUACGGCUCCCAUGGUACCCUGGCACACAGAACCAUGGUCAGAAUUAAGCCCUGUGGUGUCACCUAAGCCUGUGUUCCAAUGUGCAGCUCUGUUGGUUUGCUUGCUCCCAGAACACCCUGGACCUUUGUCUCCCAUCUGACCAAGGUUUCUGAGUGUGGCAUUGGAGUCCAUGGGACCACAGCAGCUCUCCCUCUUACAAUUGCCUGGACAGGAGCAAUUUUAGGGCUUUGUGAUCGAAGUCCUAAUCCACAUUCAAGAUGUAAGUGAGGCUGCCUUGGUGAGCUCCACUAGCCUGUGUGGACAGUCCCAUCCCCUUAGAGAUGUCAGUUACUGCUGUAAGAUGCCGGUAGACAUGCCUGGGAUGGGUGUCAUGGGGUCAAAAGGUUCCCUGGACUCUGCAGUGGCCCCUGCCCUAGAGUAAACAGCAGCUGACAGGGCCAUCCUGCAAAUGGAUGGCAGUCGACUGGAACUCCUGACACCCUGGCUAUUCAGGAUCGUCUGGGCUAUUCAGGAUUGUCUGGGCUAUUCUGUAUUGUUGGGGAUUUUCAGGAUGGUCUGGGCUAUUCAGGAUCGUCUGGGCUACUCAGAAUUGUCUGGGCUAUUCAGGAUCGUCUGGGCUAUUCUGGAUCGUCUGGGCUAUUCAGGAUCGUCUGGGCUACUCAGGAUUGUCUGGGCUACUCAGAAUUGUCUGGGCUAUUCAGGAUCGUCUGGGCUAUUCAGGAUCGUCUGGGCUACUCAGAAUUGUCUGGGCUAUUCAGGAUCGUCUGGGCUAUUCUGGAUCGUCUGGGCUACUCAGAAUUGUCUGGGCUAUUCAGGAUCGUCUGGGCUAUUCUGGAUCGUCUGGGCUAUUCAGGAUUGUCUGGGCUAUUUUGGAAAUGCAGCAUUCCUGUUUUUAUCGGGUGGAUGCAAACAAAGCAGUUCACCUGCUGUGGCUCUUGCUUCCCUUCCCAUGAAAAGUGGGGCAAUAACAAUGUUCUCCACCAGUGGGGAAGUCAAAUGAGCUCCACAGAUAACGUCGUACGACCUCCUACUCUUGCUUCUGCUCUGGCAGCUUCCUCUUGCUUUCUACCCAUGACUGAGGAGGACACAGCCUGACCCCGUCUGUGAUGGAAUCAAGAGGCCUCAAGAAGCCCCUCCGGUAUAAGAGACACAAAAUCAAGACACAUGAGAAGCUGAUCAAGAAGUUUCCUUACAGGUUAUCGUGGUUGACGGAACCCAGCCGAGAUUCCCCGCAGUCUUGGAAGGCUAAGAGCAAAGGGUUGCUGAAGGACCAGCUGCCCUUACAGAAGAAACUGGUGCCAACGCGGUCCAUUCCCCUCCCAGGGGUCGGAGCUCCGGAUUUUACAUCAACGCCACUCAGUUGCUGCUCACAGCCUCCUCCGCAUCCUCCACUGUGUAACCUCUGGGAACUUAAAUUACUGCACGUCCGUUUCCCUAGACAAGACCUUAGCAAGGUGCCUCCUCUCAAGACCAGUGCUGACCAGCCCUACACCAGUGGUGCUUCAGGGCCAUCUGAGAGCUUUUACUAGAACGUCCACUCUCCAUGGCUUCUUUCUCAGCCACGUUCUCUCUGCU